AUGUCCACGGGUUCAUUCAAUGUGCUGGCUCCAAAGAUCACGCUUUCCCCUGUGGAAUCAAAGAUCACUGCUCUUCUGAAGGACUAUACAUCGUACUAUAACUCGACCCAUAAUCCUCAAACACCUCUGGAGUUGCGAAUCACUGGUGGAUGGGUGCGUGAUAAGUUAUUGGGGAAGCAGUCGCACGAUUUGGAUAUCGCCAUCAACAUCUUGUCUGGACAGACAUUUGCUGAGCAGCUGCACGACUACUUGAGAAGCCACCCGGAAUAUGGUGUUGAAACUGGUGGAAUCCACACCAUUGAGAAGAACCCUGAAAAGUCCAAGCACCUUGAGACUGCAACUACGAAGCUCUAUGGGCUGGACAUUGACUUUGUUAACCUCAGAAGUGAAGAGUAUACUGAAGACAGUCGAAUUCCGGUGGUUCAAUUCGGCACGCCGGAACAGGAUGCGCUGAGAAGAGAUGCCACAUUGAAUGCACUGUUCUACAACGUACAACAUGAUGAGGUUGAGGAUCUCACACAGAGAGGUCUUGUUGAUCUUCGAGACGGUGUGCUGAGAACACCACUGGACCCACAGAAGACGUUCUUGGAUGACCCGUUACGUGUGCUGAGGCUCAUAAGGUUUGCUAGCAGAUUUGGGUUCACGCUGGAUGAUGAAACGUACGCCGCAAUGAAGGAUCCUAAGGUCAAGCAGGCACUCCUAGAUAAGAUCUCAAAGGAAAGAGUGGGCGUGGAAGUUGCCAAGAUCUUGGAGAGCGAUGCUCCAAGAGGACUCGAACUGCUAUGCGGUGCUGAUCUGGUGAAGUAUGUGUUCAAUUUUGGCAGUCUUUCAAAAGACGUUGCGAUUAUGAACGAUUCGGAACUCCUCAACAAGUUUGAAUCGGCUAUCAAUGAAGAGACUCUAUUCCGUAUCCUCAAGAUCAACGAGCUGAACAAAAAUCUCGGUGUAAACGUGCUGCCGGACGUGCUAUCAGACCUCACUCUGAAGAGGCUGUUCUGGGCAGGUGUUGUCGUUCAGACGUGGGAUAGUACGAAGAUUACUUUCAAUAAGAAGGGAAAGGUGACCUACGCCGUCGAUGCUAUUCUCAGAGAAGGUGUAAAGUUCUCCAAAAAUGAUGCUGAUAUUAUCACCAAGGUUAUAACCUCCUUAGAAGAGUUUGAGGCCAUUGUUCUGGGAUUGGAAGGGUUCAAGAGAUCACAAAUUGGUACACUGCUGAGACAAUAUGGUGACAAGUACGAGUUUGCUCUUGUCUACAACUUCUGGAGCUCAGUUCUCACCUCCAAUGACACCCAAACCCUUGUUGACCAGUACCAGAGGUUCAAUCAGUUCGUUAAGGAUGAGAAGCUGGAUGAAGCCUACAGAUUGAAGCCAUUGAUUGAUGGUAAGUCGCUUUGUAAAAGAUUCGAACGCAAGCCAGGUCCAUGGAUGUCUGGAAUAAUGGACAAGAUCUUGUUGUGGCAGUUGGACAACCCUGACAAGUCCGUUGAAGAGUGUUUCCACUACGUUGAAGGGAUUCUAUGA